CUCCCUAUUGUACUAUUCAUUUAAUUUUAUCCCUUUGCCAUUUUUCAUCAUCUUCUCCAAGCUUUCCUUGUUUCACUUUGUCAAAAGAUCAAGAAAAUUACGACUUAUUCUGAGUGAUGAUGGGGGUGAGCUGCCGCUGUUCCCACACUUCCCAUAUCACAGAAAUCAUCAUCACCAGCUUCUUUCGCCAUAAGUGAACAAUUUCAUACCUAUUUUUUGUACUUAAAAUUUGAGAUCUUCCUCUGGUGAAGAAGAUAAAUUAAAAAAAAAUAAAAAUUGAUCCUUUAGAUUGAUAAUUUUCAUGGCUGGUUCUAAUAAUCUCUCUGUUUUGCUUCAAAGUCAAAGGGUUUCUUCCUCUUCUCAGCCUCUUCAUACCCUCUUCAUUCCAGGCUCUUCUCCUUCAACUUUUCUAGGUACAAGAUCGAUGUUAAGCUUCGAUGGUGUUGAUCGAAACAGUUCAUGGACGUUUGAUGAAGAAGAUAACGGAGAUGGCGAUAUAGAUGGGUAUUUACAUCGAUCGGAGAAGAAGAGGCGACUUACAGUCGAGCAAGUCCAGUCUCUCGAGAAAAGCUUCGAGGCCGACAACAAGCUUGAACCGGAAAGGAAAAUUCAGCUGGCCAAAGACCUCGGCCUGCAAUCAAGGCAAGUUGCUAUAUGGUUCCAGAACCGCCGUGCUCGAUGGAAGACGAAGCAGAUAGAGAAAGAAUAUGACAGUUUGCAAGCCAGAUAUAAUAACCUCAAGGCCGACUAUGAUGAUCUCCUCAAGGAGAAAGAUAAACUAAAACAAGAGGUUAUUGAGCUCACAGAUAAGUUAUCAUUGAAAGGGAAAGAGUCUAAGGUCGUGGUGGUGUCUGCCAAUGGCGAUGUGCUCGAUUCGGACCAAUCGGAUUUAUCCCAAGAAGAAGAUAACUUGGGUAAGGACAUGUUACAUCUUCCAUCAUACGUCUUUCCCAAAGUUGAAGACGACGAUGAUUCCUCUGAUCCGCCUGCAAAUUCCUGCAAUUUUGAAUUCCCUGUUGAUGAGCAUGGCUUGUGGUCUUGGUAGAGUCCAAUCCUGAUAUAUGCACGUAUGAUCGAUCCAUCUUGUUCAAGUUACCUUGUAUUAGCAACUAUAAAACAAGCAAAUAAUAAGACAAUGAAUGGCGUUAAAAUCCAAAUGUAUUGAUCUUAGAAGUUGUAUUUUCCAUAUGUGAAAGCUUCAGUUUGUGUA